UAUACCUCCCCACUCCUGAGCAGAGGGAUGUAGGUUUCCUCCGGGAUUCAGAAUCUUCUGAAUGAAUAAGUCGCGUCGCGCAACUAUCGCUGUCGUGGUAGUUCUGGGCCCACGUUCUUUCCCCCCUUCCAAUUCACGCCAGGGAAGAUCUAAGGUCACCUCUCUUUCAAUCAGAUCUCUCGAUUGUAAGUUCAGUUCGCCCUAAAAUGGCGUCCAGAGCAGUUGUAGCCUCAUGCCAACUCCGCACCACCAUUUGCGCCAACGCCAGCUUCCCCGCAUCCCCGUCCGCGUCCCCCGCCGCAUCCUCCUCCGCCUUCGUCUGCCGGAUCGCCGCGACCACUGCGCGUCCCCCCACCAGCUCUUCCGCGCGAGCGUCUUCCGCGGGCACGUCUCCCGCUCGAGCCUCCCCCGUGCGUGCGGUGCGCGCUGCCAAGGACAGCGGCGGCGGGCUGCUCGACAAGCCCGUGGUGGCUCCGACUCCCGGGCGCGAAUCGGAAUUCGACCUCACCAAGCAGCGCAAGAAGAGUCCGCUGUACCGCGUCAUGCUGCACAAUGACAACUUCAACCGCCGCGAAUACGUUGUGCAGGUCCUGAUGAAGUGCGUCCCCGGCAUGACGGUGGACCAGGCGGUGAACAUCAUGCAGGAGGCACAUGUGAACGGCAUGGCGUGUGUGCUCAUCUGCGUGCAGCACGAGGCGGAAGAGGUGUGCCUAAACCUGCGUAGCAACGGGCUUGUCAGUUCCAUUGAGCCCGCAUCCUCCCCGGGGACGGCUUAGGAAGGGAUGUAUGGGGUGGGGAGGGAAAGGGAAGGGAGGGAAGGGUGGUGAGGAGGGGGGGUGAUGCGGGAGCGGGAAGUUGGAGAGGAGCUAGUAGAAAUUAUUGUUGUGUAAUUAUGACCUUUGCUUGAUGAGCAAGUGGUUGGGGUUGGGGGGAGGCGGGGAAAGGAGCGGGGUGGGACACAAGUGGAUGUCCUGACUUGUGGAAUGGUUGUCAUGUACUAAUUCUAUAUCAGAGUUCAGAGUUUAGAUGCGGAUUUCAUAGUACAGCACCCCAAAAUUACCAUAGGACUUGCUUGCACCUGUUCUGUGUGGGGCAAGCAGAGCAUUCAUUUCUACCAUAGUUCAUUG